UCGUGAGGGGCGAGGAUGGAGGGCGGCGGCGGCGGUGGGGGAGUCGGGAGCCGUCUGGACAUCAACCGGGCCAGCGCGGCGGAGCUGGAGCGGGCGCUGGUGGGCGUCGGGAGGAGGAGGGCCCGCGGGAUCGUCCGCAAGAGGGAGGAGCUGCGAGGGUUCGGCUGCCUGGAGGAACUCCUCCGCGUCAAGGGCGUCACAGGCCGCACUUUGGAGCUCAACCGCAGGAGGGUCACCUGCAGGCCACGCCCCCCUUCGCAGGACACGCCCCCCACACAGAGUACUCCCCAUGCAGAAGGAGGAAGAGGAGGAGAGGAAGAAGCCGAUGCGGUGGAAGCAGACCCCCGGCAGGGCCCGGAUUCCGAGGAGGAGGAGGAGGAGGAAGAAGGUCCUGAAGAAGAUGAGGAGGAGGAGGAGGAAGAGGAGGAGGAAGGCCCCGAAGAGGGAGACGACGUGUACCUGUACUACACGGUGGACGAGCGCUGGAUCGACUACCUGGAGCGCACCGAGGGCGGGGGGCUGGUCCGGCACCGGAGGAGGAGGAGCAAGAUGAAGCGCAAGUCCGAGAGCAGCGGCCCGGAAGGCAGGGCCCAGUCGCCCAACAAGAAGGUCUGCAAGGCCUCCGAGCGGGGAAGAGUCCUGGGCCCCAGCGUGGCCAGCCCCACCGCCACCUUCGGGGACCUACGCCACGCAAAGGCUGGACCACCCCGCUGCCGCCACGUACCCCCCGUGGCCCCGCCCCCCGAGCUGCAGGACUGGCUGCGCACCUUCCAGCGCUGGAGCAGCUCAGAGAAGCUCCUGGCUCUGGACGAGCUCAUUGACCGCUGUGAGCCCCCCCAGAUCAAGCACAUGAUGCAGGUGAUCGAGCCCCAGUUCCAGCGGGACUUCAUCUCGCUUCUGCCCAAGGAGCUGGCGCUGUACGUGCUCUCCUUCCUGGAGCCCCGCGACCUGCUCCGCGCUGCGCAGACGUGUCGCUACUGGCGGAUCCUGGCGGAGGACAACCUGCUCUGGAGGGAGAAGUGCCGCGAGGCGGGAAUCGAAGAGCCGUUGAGUGUGCGCAAGCGGCGUUUGCUCAGCCCCGGAUUCAUGUACAGCCCCUGGAAGCUGGCCUUCCUGCGCCAACACUGCAUUGACAUGAACUGGCGCAGCGGGGACGCCCACCCGCCCAAGGUCCUCAAGGGCCACGACGACCACGUCAUCACCUGCCUUCAGUUCUGCGGCAACCGCAUCGUCAGCGGCUCCGACGACAACACGCUCAAGGUUUGGUCAGCCGUCACGGGUGAGUGCGUCCAGACGCUGGUGGGCCACACCGGCGGGGUCUGGUCCUCCCAGAUGAGAGACAACAUCGUCAUCAGUGGCUCCACGGACAGGACCUUGAAGGUGUGGAACGCCGACACGGGCGAGUGCGUACACACCCUCUACGGACACACCUCCACCGUGCGCUGCAUGCAUCUCCACGGGACAAGGGUCGUGAGCGGGUCACGGGACGCCACCCUGCGGCUGUGGGACAUUGAGACGGGGCAGUGCCUGCACGUGCUGAUGGGCCACGUGGCCGCCGUGCGCUGCGUCCAGUACGACGGGCACAAGGUGGUGAGCGGUGCUUACGAUUACACCGUCAAGGUCUGGGACCCCGAGACGGAGAGCUGCAUCCACACCUUGCAAGGCCACACCAACCGGGUCUACUCCUUGCAGUUCGAUGGCACCCACAUUGUGAGCGGCUCCCUGGACACCUCCAUCCGUGUAUGGGACGCCGAGAGCGGCAACUGCUUGCACACGCUGAUGGGCCACCAGUCCCUGACCAGCGGCAUGGAGCUGCGCGACAACAUCCUGGUUUCCGGCAAUGCCGAUUCCACGGUCAAAAUCUGGGACAUCAAAACCGGACAGUGUUUACAAACGCUGCAAGGUCCCAGCAAACACCAGAGUGCCGUCACCUGCCUCCAGUUCAGCUCCAAGUUCGUGGUGACCAGUUCGGACGACGGCACGGUCAAGCUGUGGGAUCUGAAGACGGGGGACUUUGUGCGCAACCUGGUGGCCCUGGAGAGCGGGGGCAGCGGAGGGGUGGUCUGGCGCAUCCGCGCUUCCAACACAAAACUGGUCUGUGCGGUGGGCAGCCGGAACGGCACCGAGGAAACCAAGCUGCUGGUGCUGGACUUUGACGUGGACUUGAAAUGAGGGCGGGGCGGGGCGAGGGCCUGCGGGACAGG